GAGGGGAGGACGUGACGUGACGCAACGCGUCGAGGAGGAGGAGGAGGAGGGGGGGGCCAGAAUUAGGCCGCGGGAGAAGGAGACAGGACAGGUUGCUGGCCGCUGGACUGUCGGCCAGCUUUGGCCCCCGGCCCAGUGCGCACGCGUUCAAACCGGGGCCCCCCAGCUCGAGGGGGCCCUCCUCCGUGACAGCUCACCGGGGGGACCGUUGCCCCCGGCAACGCAGGCUUAGCCACCUCCCCGUGUCGGGUUGGGCGAGGGGAGGGGGGGCGGAGCCUGAGGACCGGGCAGGGCGGGGCGGGGCCCUCCCAUGCCAGUGGGCGGAGCUUCCGCCACCCUCCCAGGGCAGACGGGUACGGUCCAGGGGGUCCGGCUGGGCGGGGCUACGGUUUCGAGGAUUACCCAGCGAAGGCCUUUAUACCCCUGAAGGGGUUUCUGACGACUAGAUUUUGCCCCAGAGAGACUCCAGGGAGAGAUUAAUGACCCCGUGUCCGGCCAUGGGGGGGCGCUGCCUCGCCCACACCCUCUUUCUUCGACGGCGGGGGCAUCCGGGCUCCGGCGGGACCUAGAUUCCCGCCGCUGGCCCUCCCGGCUCCGCCCCCUGGCCUUUCGCAGUGGGCAGGGCCGAAGCCACGUCUAUCCAGCCCGAAAUUUCCGUCGAAUCCGCGGAGGGAUAGGCUCUCGUUCCUCUCGCCUGGCGUGAAGGCCUCCGAACAAUCAUGGCGUCGUUCUCCACGGCUUUUAAGACUCCGAACCCGCUGCUCGUUCCGCGAUACUUAAUUAUAGGUGACCGCAGUAGGUUCUGAAGAUGACCGGAGUGUAUCAUUAGCACUAGCGUCAGAGCCCGCCCAUUAAGUGUGGGGUUAACUGAUUGGUUGAAAUUCAGGGUGCUGUUUUUUUUUUUUUUUUUGUUCUUGUUCCGGGACUUGGAACGUUCUGUGACGGGAUCCAGUGGAACUCGUGCUCCGAGAAUGAACACGAACAGGCCACAGCACUCCGUGCCGACCUCCUCGUUCCUCUCCUCUCGCCUCCUUCCUCGCGCUGCUUACCGUCGUCAUCGCCGCUUUCAAGAGGAUCACCUUUGACCAGGAAGCACUUUCUUCCGCUUUGUUCCCACGGUUACUCCCGUUCCAUAUUUUCCAGUUGAAGCCGCGUGACGUGAUUUAGGCCCCUGAAGCCGUUCCAGGGGCCCCAAAGCACGUGGCGGGGGAUUUUGGCGCAGACUUACAGUAGCCGCAUUGAUUCGGGGGGGGGGGGGGCGGCUUAGGAAACCUGCUUUCUCAAUGAGAGCGUGCCCGUGUGACCCGCCCCGCUGACGGUGCUUAGCCCAAAAGAAGUUUAGCGUUUCUCCAUGGCCGCUGGGUCUCAUUCGGACGGGCUCUCCGCGCCGCGGCGGCGGCUGCGGUACCGGCGGCGGUGGCGCUAGCGGCGGCGCUCUGAGUCGGCUUCUUCCCCUGCGUGGCGUGUAGAGCACGACGCCUGGAUGCUCGCUCGCCUGUUUAACGUUGCCAUCAUGCUCGGCCGAGCCUCCGGAGGGAGUUACGAAAAGCUCAACGACUGCGGCGACCCGGAAAAUCCCUUCCUGCAGGUUACGAGGCAGAUCCACGAGCAUGAGCAGGAGAACGAGCUGCGGGAGCAGAUGUCGGGCUACAAGCGCAUGCGGCGGCAGCACCAGAAGCAGCUGAUCGCGCUGGAGAACAAGCUGAAGGCCGAGAUGGACGAGCACCGGCUGCGGCUGCAGAAGGAGGUGGAGACGCAGGCCAACAACGCCUACAUCGAGCUGGAGAAGCUCGCCAAGAAGCACGCCAUCUACACCGAGAAGGAGAUGAAGACCACGUCGGCAGAUGAGAAGAAGUUCCAGCAGCAGAUCACGACCCAGCAGAAGAAGGAACUGACCACCUUCUUGGAUACCCAGAAGAAACAGUACAAGCUCUGCAAGGAGAAGAUAAAAGAGGAGAUGAACGAGGACCCCAGCACGCCCAAGAAAGAGAAGCAGGAGAGGCUCUCCAAACACAAGGAGAACAUGCAGCACUCUCAGGCCGAGGAGGAGGCCCAGCUCCUCAGCCAGCAGAGGGUGUACUACGACAGGAACUGCCGCGCCUUCAAGCGCAAGAUCAUGGUGAAGAGGCACGAGUUUGAGCAGGAGCAGAUACGAGAGGAGCUGAACAAGAAGAAGACACAGAAGGAGAUGGAGCACGCCAUGCUGAUCCGUCACGACGAGUCCACCCAGGAGCUGGAGCAGCGGCAGCUGAAGACGCUGCAGAAGCUGCGCAUGGACCUGAUCCGGCUGCAGCACCAGACCGAGCUGGAGAACCAGAUCGAGUACAACAACCGGCGGGAGCGCGAGCUGCACAGGAAGCACGUCAUGGAGCUCCGGCAGCAGCCCAAGAACCUCAAGGCCAUGGAGAUGCAGAUCAAGAAGCAGUUCCAGGACACGUGCAAGGUGCAGACCAAGCAGUACAAGGCGCUGAGGAACCACCAGCUGGAGGUGUCCCCCAAGAGCGAGCACAAGGCCAUCCUGAAGGCGCUGAAGGAGGAGCAGACGCGCAAGCUGGCCAUCCUGGCCGAGCAGUACGAGCAGAGCAUCAACGAGAUGAUGGCCUCGCAGGCGCUGAGGCUGGACGAAGCUCAGGAAGCAGAGUGCCAAGCGCUCAGGCACCAGCUCCAACAGGAGAUGGAGCUGCUCAACGCCUACCAGAGCAAGAUCAAGAUGCAGACGGAGGCCCAGCACGAGCGCGAGCUGCAGAAGCUGGAGCAGAAGGUGUCCCUGCGCCGGGCCCAUCUCGAACAAAAGAUUGAAGAGGAGCUGGCUUCGCUUCAAAAGGAACGCACUGAGAGGAUCAAGCAUCUGCUGGAGCGGCAGGAGAGGGAGGUCGACACUUUCGACAUGGAGAGCGUCCGGCUGGGUUUCGGAAACCUGGGUGCUUUAGACUACCCCAAGGAGGACUAUAGAUGAAACGAGAUUUUUUUUUUGCCAUAACACCUUGUCCACUUCUCCUUAAAAGACGAGCCCUUUGCUACUGACGUCACUUUUUGGACUAGUGCCUGUGUUGUCCUCGACUGUCUGGGGCAAUUCCUGUCCCCUCGUCACAUUACAAGAUAAAAUGCUGGAUGACUCUCUCGGUUGGUCUUUUAAAAAACAAAAUGUCACAGUAUUGAUGUUUUCUUGUGCAAUGAUAACUUUUUGGUGAAAACUGAAAACAAAACAAACAAAAAAAAAUUACAAAAAAAAAAAAAAAAAACACAAAAAAAUUUACACAAACCAGUGGAUGUACGUUGCAUAAGGACCAUGCGUUAGAGAUGAUUUGUCAGGCUGUGAAGAAAGGAAAACUUUAAAAAGACACUCUCCUGCAGCCUUAUAUUAUUCACUGCUUCUCUUUUUGGUAUUUAUUCAUCAGGAAAAUUUUAUUAAGAUUGAGCAAUUUGAUACGUUUAAAUAUGAACUCAUACGAUGUACAUAUUGGUAGUUGUGUACGUUACUUUGGAGAAAAAUGUGAUUAUAGAUUGCUGCCGGAGGGCGAUAAUGCCCUUGGCAUUAACUGUACCAUAAUCAUUCUCUGCGUUGGCAGACAAUGUGAAUUAUCAUAUGUGAUUCCCAACACCCAGGCAGCACACAGGGCUUGGGACGGUCAUGUAUUUUGUGUAUAGAAGGAUUUAUGGAGAGCUUUUACUUAUUUUCAUAUUGUAUUUUAACUGGUCCUCUAAUCAAUUUUUUAAAUGAUGAUUUUUUUUUUCUCCUCCCCUUUGUUCAGUAUUCGGAGUUUAAUUGGUCAGUGGGAUUUGAACUUCCAUCUAGAUCAUUAUUAUUGCUUUAACCACACUUUAAAGCUGUGUAUUUUCUUACGAUAAAUCGGAAAACAAAAUCAGUCAAAAUGCUUUAUUAUUGCAUGCACUUUAAAAGAUUUUUCAGGUUAAGAGAAGCAUGAAUCUGUCAGAGCUUUUAAUUAUAUUUGUAAAUAAAAGUGCUCAUCACACAUCUUUUGUUUUAAUACGCGUUGCUGUACAUUUGCACCACCGUCCUUGAUACAGUAGGGCCUGGGUCCAAUCAACAUGGGUCCUUAAAGCGCACUUCAAAUUAAAGGCAACUGUUUUUUAUAAGUUGGCCGUGUUAAUUUUGGUUGUCGCUGCAUGUGCUGCAGCUAACAUCUGCAUUUAUUCCUAGUCAAACUGAAGGUUAUGUUGACUGAAUCCCAGCCCCAAAUCUCAAUUUACCUUUAACUACGGAAUUAUGUGAAUAAAGCAAAGCAUACAUUCUU